AAGACGUGACUCACUGAUAACUCUGAAUGAAGGACAGUGCUUAUAAACCAUCCGUCCCUCAUCAGAACAACUGAGAAGCUGCCUCUCUUCCCAUUUUGGAGUAUACAAAGCCAGUUUGUAGUGCUUGGACCCCCCACUUCAGGGGAGAGAAACCUGUGACACCUGCGUUUGAAGACCAUGACAUCCAACAUUUCGAUCUUUCUCUGCCUGUUGCUGGUGUCUUGUGGUUCGACUGCAGUCAUCACCGGGGCAUGUGAGAAGGACUCUCAGUGUGGAGGUGGCAUGUGUUGUGCAGUCAGCCUGUGGAUCCGGAGCCUGCGAAUGUGCAUCCCAAUGGGUCAGGAGGGAGAAGACUGUCAUCCAAUGAGCCACAAGGUGCCGUUCUUUGGCAAGAGACUCCAUCAUACAUGCCCUUGUCUGCCCAACUUAGCCUGCAUCACCAUAGCUGAUGGCAAGUCCAAAUGUCUCCCUUCAUUUCCAUUCCAGGAUCAGUACCUGUGAUGAAGAUGUUUACCUGUAUACCAUGCAGAUGUUUGUAUAAAGUGUAUAGUUGUAAAAGUGUUUUCUUGAUUGAUUUUAGAUUAAUUUUAUUGAAUUUAUUUAAUCUUUAUGGAAAAUAGAAAAUAAAUUAUAGUAAACAAGUAAAUUAUGGCAAUGAGGUCAUAAAAU